UAUUAUAUGCGCGAGAAUCGGCGCAGAGGGUUAUUUCCGUGCAUGUCAAUAUCAAAUGUCAACGACAACAACAACAACAACAUAACCUCACUUAACAUUUGUUGGAGUGGUCCUGUUCGAGUCGUACGAAGAAGCGUUUAUGUUUAUUGUUUAUUCAUAAUGUCGUGGAAUCGGGAAGAAGUUACACUGUUGUUGGAGGAGUACCAAAAAUGGCCAAACCUGUACAAGGUGAAGUCAGCCAAUUACAAAAAUAGAAAUUUGCGGCGUCAGGCGCUGGAUGCGGUAGUCCAAGCAUUGAGAAGUUUGAAACCUAACGUGACAGCACAGGAUGUACAAGCAAAGUUUCAAGCUUUGAAACAAAAUGCCAGCAAGGAGAGGCGAAAAUGUUUGGAAUCGCAAAGAAGUGGCGCUGGUUCAGAUGAUAUCACGGAGCCAUCACUGUGGUAUCAUAAUUUGAUUGGCUAUGUGUUUGACAAUAGUGAAGAAAGAGGAGCAUUCGAUUCUUUGGAAAGCGAAGAUGUUCAAGAACAAGAUAUAACAUUGAUUGAACAAGCAGAUGAUGAGGAUGCCUUAGCAGAGGAGGUGCUCUCGGCGGCAGUAUCACCAUCAGGGGCUUUGGAGCAUAUCAGCACGCCAAGCCACUCUAGAAGCUCUUCAAGGGAGAGCAUGACAAGUGCCCCCAAAAAAAGGAAAAGGAAAGAAGAGGAUACAGAUGUUAUGGGGGAGGUCAAAAGUACCUUGCAACAUAUUUCCCAAAGACUGGGACAAACCAGGGAGAAAUCCUCUAACCAGAUCUUUGGGGAAUAUGUUGCCUCAAAGCUUGACCGAAUAACGGACAGUGAGAUAAGAGAUGAGGUUGAAGCUGAAAUUGUAAAUGUAUUAAAUACUGCCCUGCGAAGGUGCAGGAAAUGAUGUUUUUCAAUUAAAGAGCAUUAAAUGGAUA